AUUCGAAGCCAGUCAAAAAUGGUCCACCGACGCGACAUGAACCGUCAGCAGCUUCCGCAGCCGCAGCCUUGUUAGCCUCGGAAACCAAACUCGCAAAACGUCGAAAUGGCUGCAUAGGGGACGCACGUGCUUGUUGUAGUCCUUUGUUAAUUGCGACGAAUUGAAUCAUGCUAUAGACAGAGAAAAAGGUCGCCCCGAAGAGACAGCCACGUGACAGUAACAAUAACAAUAACUAAACGAGACCCUUAAGCUUUGACCCUUCAGCCAACCGAUGGCAGCAGUUCUAUUCCCGCAAUCCUCUCCUGUUUAAACAAUAUUCAAAAAAAAAAAGAAGCAAUAAAAAAGAAGGAAUAUAUUGUGCUGCUGCCAGCAUUAGACGAGUGCCAACUGAAGCUGCCACGGCCAAGCAACGCCGACAACAAUACGAAACGUUAAAUAAAAGACAACAAUAACAGCAACAACAGCAGCAAACACAAUAACAAUCAAAUGCAUAAUGAUGAUGGAUUAUCUGCUGUGUUGCUAUCCCUGUGCAAAGCAAAAACAACACUCGCAGCAUCAACACCAACAGCAACAGCAACAGCAACAACAACUAAAACUACAAUAGCAACAACAAUAAUAGCAACUGCAGCUUCGCGGAACUAAAAGUGCAAGUCCAAGCUGCACUAAAGUAUAAAUAAAGAAUGUAUUUGGAAUCACGAAGAGGUCAUACAUAUUGAAGCUAUGCCUUUUUGUCCAGCAGCCCACAGUUGGACUAAAUCGAUAAUUAAUUAAAAUAUAUUUAAUUAACCAAUAUAUUAGUAGUAAAGAAAUCAAACUGGCGUCGUUCAAGCGGAAUAACGACAAUAUUCGCAAUUACAAUAGCAAUAUAAUGUGGAGUAGUACAAUAUCACCAACAAAUUCUAAGAAGCUAUUGAUCGGUAGUACAAGAAGCGUUGAUUAUGUCGGUGAUAGUGCGAGAACAACAACAGCAACAGCAAAAGCAACAACAGCAGCAGCAGCAGCAGGAUUCAAUAAUAAAGCAACAGGAGCAGCCAUUAAAGGAGCAACAGCUAAAUCGCAGCAAAGGACAACAACAGCAACAACAACCCCAGCAAAAACAACAAAAAUCUCAAUUGAAAUGGAGAUACAUAUACAAAACAAGUGCAUUUCGGCAUAGCGUAUCACUCUGGAGGGUGGUGCAGAGCCCCCAUGGCUGCAGGGCCCCCUUAAAGCAGCAUUUUUGGGGGCUUCUGGCGUCGGCAAAACAAGCAUAUUACAGCAAUUUUUUUACCAUGACUUCCCCAAGACUCAUCAAACGACAACUCAUCGCAAAAUUUACAAAAACUGUUUGGUCUGCGACACCUGCAUACGCGAGCUGAUGGUACUGGACGUUCCUCCCCAGAAGCGAUUUCCAGCUGACAACUUUGCUGAAUGGAAUAAUGGACAUCCGCUGGGGCUGCGAACGGUGCACGCCUAUGUUUUAGUCUAUGACAUGGGUAAUCUGGAAACGUUUCAGUACUGCCGCUCCAUAAGAGAUCAAAUCUUGGAUAGUUUCAGUCAUCGUGAUUUUAGCAUAAUUGUGGUGGGCAAUAAAUAUGACAAUGUCUCAGAGGCGCAGGCUAACUCGCAGGAGCUUAAAGACAUUUCUACGCUGGUGCGCAAGCAUUGGCGUUGUGGAUACGUAGAGUGCUCGGCACAAUACAACUACAAAAUCGGCGACGUUUUUCGAGAGCUAAUGGGCUGUAGCAGCGGAGGCGUCAAUGGCGCAGCUGUCGGCGUUCUUGUUGGCACUGAAUUCUCACAAUCAACUAGGAAUAAAGGACGCUGUACAAUACUGUAGCAAAUGCUGCACAAGUUUUUUAAACAAACACCUUACUCGAACGCAUGAUACCCAAAAGAUUUUCCUUUCUGUACCCUGAACCCUUUAAAAAAUUGCCAAAAAAGGUUUUAGUUUUUUCUAUAAAUGGAUGCAACCGACGAAAAACGACGUGAACGAUGAUAUAUGGUAUAUAUGGUCUUGAUCAGGAAUGAGAAAUUUAAAAUAUAUAUUCUUUUUAUAUAGUACAGUUAUUUAAUAUCGAUAGACAUACAUAUAUAUAUUUUUACGUUUUCAAAGACGAUAAAAGUUAGAAGCACAAAAUUCGAAAUGAAUACACAGACUGAAGAAUCUAAAUAUAUAUAGUAUUGUAGAUAUAUAGAUUCUUCCCUUCAUAGCCCUCGAGAUUUAAAUGACGUUGUUCACUUAUAUACUCGCACACCAUUGACUGCUAUAUAUGUAUAUUCCCUUUAUGCACGAAUAUCAGAAAAGAUAAGCCGAAGAUAUUCGAAAACUCUCAUGCCCGUGCUCAUGUGUGAGUGUGUGUAUAUCUGUGCCUGGGCUUACGGGUGUAACAGUAGCUUAGUGAAGUGGUCAGGGUAUCCCCUAGUCGGUCAUUCCCGACGGCAGCACACUUGCUUGCUUUCGGCUGAGCUGGGCCGCGGGGGUCAUUUGGAAUUCUCUUAAGCACAGUAACAGCGAAAGUCCCUUUCAAAUGCUUGCUGGUGCAUAUUUUAUCAUAAAUUUAUAUACUCUCAUAUAUAUAUAUGUAUAUGUAUAUAUAUAUAUAUGAUACACAUAUUACAUUUAGUUCUCGACACACUUUUCCCCUCUCCGCCUUGCCCACGCCCCAUUAUCAUUGUUGGCCAUUGUCUCUGUUAGCCUUUGUUUGCCAUAAUUUGAACAUUAUGCUCGCUACUUUAUCUAAGCCAAGCGUGAGCCAAGCUGCAUUCAUUGCAUCGUUGUUUAUUGCGGCUCUCAGCUGCAACGUUUACAAUUUUGGUGCAUUCGCAUUGGCAAGUGUAAAUUUUUAUUGAAUAACCGCAACAUAUUUGACAUAUACAGUCAUUAGAAGAAAAAGAAAAACACAAAAGAUAACCAAAUUAUAUAAAAAGCUGCCAAUAAAUACAUAGCUUGAGUUAAAAAUUAUAUAUAUUCUUUUUUGUACGUAAUAGGUAAAUAAUCCCACCAUAAUUUACAAUACAUUUUAUGAGUAUAGAAAUACAAAUAUUGUUAAUGAAAACAACAGCGAUAAACCCCAAAUCCAUCAGUAUAAAUGGUAUACUUAUACGGUAGCUAUCUAUAAGCAAAAUAGUAUAUAUAUAUGUAUAUAUACAUGUACGUAUAUAUAAAUUCAUUAACGUUGUGAUCAUUUCAAGAAUUAGUUAUUAGGCACAGGACGACGAUAGAUAUGUUAAAGUCAAGUAAAAACCCUCUUAAAUAGUAAAUAAUUAAAUAUAUGACAAAUACUUAAAUGAUUUUAAGAAUUGCUCAUGUUUUAGAAAUUGUUUUAAUGCAGCAAUUAAUCUGGCAUAAAAGCAAAAAAGAAAGAAAAAGAAACCAGUCCGUAAGAUUGUUAAGCUUGCUAUUCAUUUACUAAACUUGUUUUCAUUUAAAAAAUUAGAGAAAGGCAUUUCGUAUUUUUAGAAAAUAUUGUAAGGGAAGAAAAUAUAAUAACAAUAAUUGUUGCCUUAAAACAAUUUCUUUGUUAUUUAAAUACCUUACCCGAAGUGACGCAGAGCUAAGAAUUAACAUAGUUGAGUAUGAAAUGAAUAAAUCAAAUAAUUUAAGCAUCAAGCCUUAAAACCAAUGCGACCCAAAAGUUAUUUCUUAAUAACCGAUUAAUACUAUUAUUAAGGUUGCAAUUUUAUAAUGCGCACAAGAAACAAUUGUUUUAUAUUACGAAUGUUAAGAUCCAAUUCAGAUAUUUAAAAGCUAUUAUUUAAAAGGGAAUAUAUAUACAUAUAUGUAUAUAUAGUAGUAAAUAUAUAUGUAUAGUUUGUCGUAGUCAGAGAAUAUUGACUAGCUAACUAGGUAGGUAACUCUUAAGUUUCCACAAUAAAAUUGCUGACAUUUACUAUUUUCACAAAACAAAUCUACUAUGUCUCUAUACCGAACUCUUUCUUUACCUCAACAAAACUCGAAAGAUAAGCAAUCAAGUCUGACUUUGUACAUAGAGAUUUCAAGAAUUUUCGUAAAUUGCAAUAUUGUUAUUAUAUAAAGCAAACACAAACUAAACCACACAACACAAAACUACACUCCACUACACUACACUACACUAUACUACACUAUACUAGACGACACGAUACGUACUUACAUUUGAUCAAUGUUUACAGCAAUAUAUAAUGACAUUUAUGUAUGUACAUUAAAAAAAAAAAACCAAAAUCUAGUCAGUCUACACAUAUUAUUAUAUAAAUAUA